GUAGCAAUAGAAUGGUGGUGUUGUCAGACAACAAAGGUCCAUGCUUUUGAUUUGUUAUAAGGGGUUUUCCUUUUGCCAUCAUAUUUCUUAUGCUUCUCUAGGCAACAAGUAAGGUAUAGUAUAGUAUUCAUCAAGUUUGGCAUCAAUUAUCAUUCCAUACAAAUUAUGUGAAUGUAUUUGCCCAACAUAUAAUACAAUCAUACUCCACUCUUCUUUCCUCAUCUUUCUCUAAACACCCUCUUCCAAACUCGACCUGGGGUCGAUCUUAAAUCGGCCAAAGGAUUGAACAGUGGAAGCAUGGAUGAGUUCAAUUCGGAAAGAUCAAAGCCAUGGAACAUGUACACGGAUUCACCGCAUAGCCCGCCACAAUCAGGAGGUGACGGCGAAGGUCCGUGGAAGAACUUCGGGACGUCCAUGAAUGCUAUUUCUUUCGGUUUUGUGGCCACAGCGGUUUUGAUAUCGAUGUUCCUUAUAAUGGCUAUAUUUGAACAUCUCUUCAGACCAAAUGCUUCAUUCCCGUUGCCUGAACGUGACACUGGUCCCGGGGACUUGAGGCCAAUGCACAAGCUUGUAGAUCCACAACCACACGUACAAUCGACAUAUGCAUCAGAUUUUUCAGUAUUGAUGCCGGGACAAGAAUACCCUACCUACAUUGCACAUUCAACACCUCUACCUUGUUCAAGGGAAGGAGUUCAUUGGCCUCCCCAUCAUCAUGUAUUUCCUUGAUUAGAAGAUGAUUAGAAACUAGUUCGUGCAUCAAAUAGUUGUACAUAAGCUCAAUUUAUCGUCUGGAAAAAUAGAAUACUUAUAAUUUGAAGUUUGGGCAGAUUGAAAAAUACAUUCUUAUUCUGUGUAACGUGUAUUUAAAAUAUCUGUUACGGCAACUUAUAUGUGAUGUCUCAGAUAUUUAGAUUAAAGUAUGUUACACAAAAUAAGAAUAAGACCAAAGCAUGUUGUAUUUUUAUGCAUUCUCAUAUGUAAACCAGUUACCUAAAGGUUUGAGAUUUCAC